AAAAAAAACAACAAUAUUUAUUUUCAACCUACAACCCUCCCACCCGUUUUAUCGUUGCCUGUUCUGCUGUUCCGACACCCCUCCACCCCCCCCCACCUGAAAGAAUUUCCUAUUUCCUUUUUCACAAAUCUUGAAAAGUUCCAUGAACGCUUCCUCCCCGCCUGUAACGAAAAACAAAUCCCCAUUCGCAAAUAUUUCCACCCCAACCCCUGCACGCACCCUCGCAUCCCCUUACCCCCUGGUUACAGAACACCUACCCCCCUCCCCUCCCAGUCCUUACACCGGAACAGAAGACUUGAAACUUGUCUGGAAAACCCCCCCCCCACCCCCCCAACCCCCCAACCCCCCAACCCUGAACUGACCUGCACCUGAAGCAGAAAUGCAUUCGCUGAGAUAACGACAUCACUCAAAUGCAUUGAAAACAUUUUUAAGAGGUGCUGAUUGGUUACUUCAUGCAGCUGGUUUAUAUUUGAGUGUCUGAACCCCCUACCCGUUUAUUAUUCGAUUUUCUCCGCCCCUUUCUGUCUCCCUCCCCCCCUUGGCGAGCCAUGCCCCCCGUGGCGGCCUGCGAGCCCCAGUGAGAUGUACGCAGCCACGGAGUGCAAGGCUGAGGUGACCCCCUCGCUGCGCAAUGGCCACCGCGUCUUCAGCUACACGCUGGAGAACCACACGGCACAGGCCUUCGGGAUCAUGAACGAGCUCCGGCUGGGGAAGCUGCUGUGCGACGUCACGCUCCGAGUCAAGUACAGCGACCUGGAGGCCGUGGAUUUCGUGGCCCACAAGAUCGUGCUGGCCUCCUCCUCGCCGGUCUUCAGGGCCAUGUUCACCAACGGGCUGAAGGAGUGCGGCAUGGAAGUGGUGUCCAUCGAGGGGGUCCACCCCAAGGUCAUGGAGCGUCUGAUCGAGUUCUCCUACACGGCCAGCAUCUCCGUGGGAGAGAAGUGCGUCAUCCACGUGAUGACCGGAGCGGUCAUGUACCAGAUCGACAGCGUGGUCAAGGCCUGCUGCGACUUCCUGGUGCAGCAGCUGGACCCCAGCAACGCCAUCGGCAUCGCCAGCUUUGCCGAGCAGAUCAGCUGCACCGAGCUGCACCAGAAAGCACGAGAGUACAUCUACAUGAACUUCAGCGAGAUCGCGAAGCAGGAGGAGUUCUUCAACCUGUCUCACUGCCAGCUGGUGACUCUGAUCAGCCGUGACGAGCUGAACGUUCGUUGCGAGUCUGAGGUCUUCCACGCCUGCAUCGCCUGGGUGAGGUACGACUGCGAGAACCGCCGGCCCUACGUGCAGGCGCUGCUGCAAGCCGUCCGCUGCCACUCCCUCACCCCGCACUUCCUCCAGACCCAGCUCCAGCGCUGCGAGAUCCUCAGGUCCGACACCCAGAGCAAGGACUACCUCUCCCAGAUCUUCCAGGACCUCACCCUCCACAAGCCCACCAAGGUCCUGUCCUGCCGCACCCCGAAAGUGCCCCAGCUCAUCUACACCGCCGGGGGGUACUUCCGCCAGUCCCUCAGCUUCCUGGAGGCCUACAACCCCUGCGACGGAGCGUGGAUCAGGCUGGCUGACCUGGAGGUGCCCCGCAGCGGGCUGGCCGGCUGCGUGGUCGGCGGUCUCUUCUACGCGGUGGGAGGCCGCAACAACGCCCCCGACGGGAACAUGGACUCCAACGCCCUGGACUGUUACAACCCCAUGAACAACCAGUGGUCUCCCUGCGCCUCCAUGAGCGUGCCCCGCAACAGGAUCGGAGUCGGGGUCAUCGACGGAAUGAUCUACGCGGCCGGAGGCUCCCACGGGUGCAUCCAUCACAACAGCGUGGAGAGGUACGACCCCGAGAAGGACGAGUGGCAGCUGGUGGCUCCCAUGCUGACUCGACGGAUCGGGGUGGGCGUGGCCGUGAUCAACAGGCUGCUGUACGCGGUGGGGGGCUUCGACGGCACCAGUCGGCUCAACUCCGCGGAGUGCUACUACCCAGAGAGGGACGAGUGGAGAGCCAUCGCCUCCAUGAACACCGUGCGCAGCGGGGCUGGCGUUUCCGCGCUGGGGAACACGAUCUUCGCGAUGGGCGGGUACGACGGCACCAACCAGCUGAACAGCGUGGAGCGCUACGACAUCGAGAGCGACAGCUGGAGCUUCGUGGCGCCGAUGAAGCACCGGAGAAGCGCCCUGGGAGUCACGGCACACCACGGACAGAUCUACGCCCUGGGGGGUUACGACGGCAACAUCUUUCUGGACAGCGUGGAGUGUUACGACCCCGCGACAGACUGCUGGACCGAAGUGACCAAAAUGACCUCUGGCCGGAGCGGAGUGGGGGUGGCGGUCACUAUGGAGCCCUGCCGGAAACACAUGAGCGAGUGCUCCAAGUGCUAGCGCCAGGAACGCGACCGCGGGAGAGUAGAGGGUAAAUGCAGGAUAAACGCGUCCGCAUGCUGCAGCUGUAAGUGCCAAGUGACCGUAGGACCAGAACAUGAAACGGCUGUAAGGGCUUUACCCAUCCCCUACCCUCCCUGCCCGCCUGCCCCUUUACAGCGGGCGUUUUGUGUUCCCCAAGCCGGAUCAACCAACCACACGGGACCAUUCCCCCUAAAUCAAAAAAGGGGUACGCCCGUCUCCAUCAAUCUUCAGAACAGGAUUUGUUUUUUUGGCACAGGAAGCCCUGAAGAAACACUCACUAAAAAGUGAUUUCUUGAAAGUGGUGACACCUAAACAAACGAAAAGAGCGAUCCUCGUCCACCUCCCAAAAGCCAAAGGAUUCGAGCUGCCAACUUCACACGCCGACUUGACUGUUUCGUGCUUUUUUUUUUUCGUAACUUUUUUUAAAAGCAGGACCGCUUUAGUCGCCGAAACAACAGUAGAGACGAUUGAAAGAUCCUCUGCCGUCAGGAAUAACCGAAUAACCACACCCACCACGCAGACCAGCACAACGCAGGUCCAGACCAGACUGAAACACAAACCUAUUUAUUUUUACUGAUUUCUGUUCAACACGCAAACUGAAACCCAGAUUUUAGCCAUUUUUUCAGUUAUGUAGUCAUUAUUAUUAUUAGUACUGAGAGAUAUGAUCUUCUGCAUAGUGUACACUGUGUGUUAAUUUCAGACAACGCAUAUUUGUAUCUUUGAUCCAGUUUUUACAUUAAGAAACACCAGCGUGGCCAUUUCUGCCACUGCAUUUUAACAAAGCAGUGUGUGUUUGUGUGUAAUGUUUGAAAAUCUGUCCCAGCACUAAUACGAUUAGGAUCAGGUUACAAACCUACGUUUCACAGCACUAAAUUAACGAGUCUGCAUUGAAAAUGUGCUGGAAGUUGCCUGCGUUUGUGGUUUUUUUUUUUAAAACGACUGGACCAACACAGCUCACGUCAAGCGCUGUCCCACCACUGAAAGCAGGACCCAGUGCGAGAAAAACCAACAGACUGGAUCAGUUUAUUUUGGGCAGGAAUUGGGGAAGAUUUUUACGGCCAUUUGAGCUAAAACACGUUUUUCUUAAGAAAAAAAGAGACUGUCGAAUGUUUUAUAUCCUCCGAGACUUUUUAAAAAGCCUCUUUUGUUGUUAUUAAUAUAUUUUUGCUGUAAAUCACAGGCAAGUCUGCUGCUGGUAAUGUUGCAAUGAACAGGAAUCAAAAAACGAAACUGUUUAUUUUUUGUUGUUUUUUGGGUUUUUUUUGGUCUAAUCAGCAUGCAGUUUAUUUAAAUAACUUUUUACAAACUGUGGACCUUUUUUUGGGGGAGUUUUUUUUCACUCUUCCCCACCGUGCUUGGGCAAGCAGUUGCUUCAAAAAGUAUUUUGUUGGUUAAAGAAUCUGGAGUUUACAACAGGUUAAAAAAAAAAAUAAUAAUUAAAUGAAAUGGCUCCAUAAAUUGUAAAAAAAUAAAAUAAAAAUACAUUAAAAUGUUUGUUUUAUUGAAAGAUCAUUUUUCCAGUGAACACUUAUUUUUCCCAGACGUCUCGUUUCUGUAUUUGAGGGAGUUGAAUUAUUGCAGGGUGGAUCUCGUUUCAGAUGCUGGUGACCUUGCAUGGGUCUCGAGUUCCCCUCAACAGGAAUGCUUCGCUAAAGAAAUACAACUAUGCACAGAACGAUUCGGAGGACACAAACCUUAAACUUUAUUUCAACAAACAUAUAUAUUAAAAAACGCAACACCACAAAACAAACACAUAUAUCUA